AUGGAUAGAAGUAGAGAGGCUGGAGAGCAGGGGGGAUUUGCUAGUGGAGGAGUGGGGACUCACCAACCAGCCAACCCUACGCUACCUACUUCUUCUACACCAUCUCCCACUACCGUGGAUCCUGUGAAAGCUUUCUCUAUUGAGAAAUUCAUGGGGGAGGACUACAAGCACUGGAGUUUCCGCAUGAGGUUGAUGUAUACCCAAUACAAGCUAUUGGGUUUGGUGGAGGGAAAGGAGAAGAUGUCGGAGGCCGCGGAGCUGAAAGGAGCGUGGAUGAAGCGAUCGCUCAACGCGUACAUGCUCAUGUCGUGGUCUGCCCUUGCGAUCAACCUCAACUCCCAACAACCCCAAUGGAGCGUGGAUUACAUUCGCGCGCGCAUCCUAGAGGAGGACUUGCGGCGGCGGAGUGUGGAGCGCUCGGAGAAGGGGGCUUGCUAUGGAGUUGGAGGUGGAACAAGUGGCUUCAAGAAGAAGUGGAAGGGCAAGAACAAGGACAACCCUAAGGAGGAUGGCAGCGGGGGUCAAGGGGAGGUGUGCUUCUACUGCAAGAAGUGCGGACAUCGUUGGCGGAAGUGCUACCAACGACCCAAGGAUUAG